UGUGUCUGUGGUGACUAGUCUAGAAUCGACUAGUCUAGUGUGAGUGACUGAUUCAGUACUGACAGUGGCGCUGUCCAGUGCUGGUACUCAGUGAUGAUCAAGGCUCUACGGGAGGACUGAUCCUUCCGGCCUUGCCAUCAAUUGGAGUUCAUCUCAGUACAGUAGUUCAAAAUGGAGAGAGCUCAACCCAUGGUACUGGAAACAUUGGCAAAUGCAUGUAGUCAGGAUGCAUCCAUUUUAAAACCAGCAGAACAUAAACUACAGCAAUGGGAAACAGAGCCAGGAUUUUAUUCCAUUUUAACAGAUAUUUUCUGCAAUCAUGAAAUCGAUGUAAAUGUCCGCUGGUUGGCAGCUCUUUAUUGUAAGAAUGGCGUUGAAAGAUAUUGGAGGAAAUCAGCUCCCAAUGCCAUUCGUGAAGAAGAAAAGGAAGCGAUCAAAAAAAGAUUAGUCUCUGAUUUUACAGAGCCAGUACCACAGAUUGCAACACAAAUAGCUGUAUUAACAGCUAAAAUUGCACGCCUUGAUUGCCCUCGCAAUUGGGAUAGUCUUUUGCCAACACUCCUGACUGCUGUAAGAUGUGAACAACAGUUAAUUCAGGAGAGAGCUCUGUUAGUCUUACAUCAUGUUAACAAAACAUUAGCCUCCAAAAGAUUAGCCCCAGAUAAAAAACUAUUUGAAGAGCUGACUGCUGAUGUGUUUGUUUACAUGGUUUCCUUAUGGAACAUGCAACUGUCUCAAUUUUUUCAUCUUGCUGCACAACAUGAAGAAAGUAUGACUUCUUCGCUAGACAGAUGUAGUCUAGUGUUGAAAGUGUUAAGAAAGCAGCUCUGUUAUGGGCUUCAAGAAGUUCAAACAAGUCCUGAUGCUAUGAACUUUAUAUCCAGCCUUUUCCCCCAAUUGGAUGCUCUUUUAGACUGCCGUCGCAGUCUCUGGGGUCAUAAUAUUCUGGUAGAGAAAUGUGAGCACUUAAUUUCUAGUAUUACUAAAGUGCUUUUAGAUUUAUUGGAACUACAUCCCAUCUCCUAUGUGCACUUUAUCAAGACAACCUUAACAUGUGUAGUGCAAUAUAACUUUACAGCCAAAGGUCUCCUGUUUGAGAGAUUUACUGUCAAUUGUUUCAACUUAAUGAAGCAGAUUUUGUUUAGUGAUGUUUAUAAACCAAGGAAAAAAAAUGAUGAGGAACUUUGUUCCGUAACUCUCCAAGCAAAUGAAAUCAUCACAGAAUUUUUCACACCACAAAUUUUGACAGAAAUAUGUCGCAGGCUUGUAUCAGAAUAUUUUCUUUUACGAACAGAUGACUUAAUAACAUGGGAAGCUGAUCCAGAAGAAUUUUGCCAAGAAGAAGGUGGAGACUCCUACAAGUAUUCUCUUAGACCUUGCACAGAGACAUUAUUUCUUACCCUCUUUAAAUCAUUUCGUCAGUCAUUGAGUCCGGUUUUGUUGGAAAUGGUUCAGGAAGCACAGGGUCCAUGUGAACCAGACAAUUUGGCUGCCUUGCUCAGAAAAGAUGCAGCUUACACUGCUGUGGGUUUGGCUUCUUUUGAUUUAUUUGAUGAUAUUGACUUUGAUCAUUGGUUGACUACACAUUUAUUGCCAGAGUUACAAGUCAAACACAAAAGUUAUCGAGUGAUUCGAAAACGAGUUAUUUGGUUAAUAGGUCAAUGGGUUGGAGUCAAGAUGUCUGUAAAACUUCGUCCUGCUCUCUAUGAAGCUGUCAUUGGCUUGCUGGAUCGGAAUGAAGAUUUGGCUGUCAGACUAGAGGCUGCUCAAACUCUUAGGGUUGCAGUUGAUGACUUUGAAUUCAGCACUGAGCAGUUGUUACCUUACAUAGAGCCUUUGUUUUCCUUACUAUUUGAACUGCUACAAGAAGUCAGAGAAUGUGAUACAAAGAUGCAUGUUCUCCAUGUGUUGUCAUUUGUGAUUGAAAGAGUUGGUUCAAAGAUUCGACCUUACAUUUCUUCCCUAGUCCAGUAUCUGCCUUUACUUUGGAAAGAAUCUGAAGAUCACAAUAUGUUACGUUGUGCUAUACUUACAAGUCUCAUACAUUUAGUUCAGGGUUAUGGCCCGGAGUCAACCCAGCUGUGGCAGUUCAUUGUGCCUGCUCUAGCUAUCAGUACAGAUACAACACAGGAACCACAUGUUUACUUGUUAGAAGAUGGCCUUGAGCUUUGGUAUGUUACUCUCAUCAAUGCCCCAGUCAUGUCUUCAGAGUUGCUCAAACUUUUUCACAACAUACCAGCAUUAUUAGAUCUGGGAACAGAAAAUCUCAGACUAAUUCUUAAAAUUAUCCAGUGCUAUGUUUUACUUGGCUCUAGAGAAUUUAUGCAGGUCCAUUCAGAAGUAUUAGCCUCAUCUCUACAAAAUCUUUUAUCAGACAUUAAGACAGAAGGAAUGGUUCAGAUCUUGAGGCUUAUUGAGGUUAUAUUGAAAGCAUUUCCUACUGAAGGACCAUCAGUGUUUCAAUCUCUGCUGCCCAAGAUUCUACAGUCAAUUUUGAAUGGAGAGGACAAUUGUAUUCUCAUGUCAAUGUACCUGAGCCUGUUUGCGAGAAUUCUUUUACAGAACCAUCAGUUUUUGUGGUCAGUUAUUGAACAUGUGGCCUUAGAAGCAGGAAGUGAUGAAAAUUCUAUUUUUGGAGCUUUGCUGGGAAACUGGACAGAGAGGAUUGAUAUUAUAACCCAACCAGAGAGAAGGAAACUGUCGGCCCUUGCAUUGGCGUCUUUAUUGUCUUACAAUAACUGUAUAAUCAGAGAUCAUUUUGGAGUCAUUCUCAAUAGUUUAGUACAAGUCCUUCAUGAUGUUUGUAGAGUUGAUGAAGAUGGAAUUAUAACUGAUAGCCUGAUGAUUGAUCCUAAAGAACCUAUAGAUGAUAAUCAAGACACUCAGCAUGAUAAAAGAAAAUAUUUGUUGUCAAGACAAGAUCCAGUACAUACUGUUUGUCUGAAGUCUUACCUUGUCUCACAACUGAAGGUCUGCCAAACAAUGUAUGGACAAGAAAUUUGUGACCAGCUGAUGGCUAGUCUGGACUCAGAAGUCAUAGCUCAACUCCAACCAUUCUGUCAUUAGCAAACUUCACAAACAAGUUUGACCAUCUCCCCCCAUUAGGAAACAUCUUUUCUUUACCUGCACCAUUAAGGAAGGACUCAAACAAGUCAGGUUUCUCCAUCCAUUAGGAGGAAAUAUUUUAUGCAAAUAAUAAACAUGUAUUUUUAAAGUGAAUCAUUAAGUUUGUGAUUUAGAAGAAAAUGACCAUGGCAAGCAUUGAUAAAGUAUAUAUAUUUAAAUAGGCAAGAAUAAUAUAUUAGGAUGGUUUCUAGUGAAUGUUUAUUCUUUUAAAUAAAAUAUAAUUUAACGAAUAGAAAUGAUUAGAUACUGCAAAGUUUAGUGAGAGCAUUUCCAAUUCGUAUUUUUAAUGGUACCGGUAUUACAAAGUUAUUUUAAAGACAUUAUUUACACAAUAUAAGAUUCAGUGGUCCACCAACACUUUUGACUUCUUAGACUAUCAGUUCAUUUUCAGAUGCUUUAACAUUCAUUAGCAAUAGGUUUCACCAUGAAUAGUGAACAAUAUAAUUACUACAUGGUAGAAAUGAUUUCAUUUUCAGAUUAAAUAAAUAGGGCGUAGGACGUAAUCAUCUUCUUUUUUGAAGUAACGUCUGUAUUAUAUAAGAUAAGAUAAAUAAAUACUGCAUUGUUUACAAUUAUAAAAUUGUUCAAAACCAGUAAAAAUUUAAUUUAAAGAUACAUCAAUCUAUGAAUAAAAAGUGUUUUUCUUUCUAUAAUUGAAAUCAUUCUUAAAGACCAUUCAUAAAGCUAUUUUUUUUUAAUGUGAAAGAUUUGUCAUUAUUUUUUAUGUACAUAUUAUAAAUGUCCAAGAAGUUUUUGAUUUUCCAAAUGAUGAUGAUAAGAAAAAAUUUUUAACGGGUCAUAUAAUUUACAUAAUGACUAACAUUACAUUAGGAUGAAGAAUGUUUAUAAAAGUAAGCAAAACUGAUUCCUUGCUAUUUCUUACAGUAAAAAGCAUUUGCAUUAUUAUGAGUACCAGUACAAGCUUUGAAUUGAAACUUUAAAAGUGUAUUAUACUUGUUUAAGUAUUUUUUUUUUGUACAUCAUUAAAAGUGUGGUUUUUAACAUUUAAGUAAUUUGAUGUAAUAUUUCAAAUGAAAUAUCUGAAGAUGUUGAUGUAUAUAUUUUACAUGUUAAUGACCUUUGUAUUAAACUGUAUAUGCUGACAAUGUC